AUGAUAAGCUCUAGCAUACAUCAUCCCAUUAGCGAAAUCAACGAUUACAUGUUUGGAUGUGGACUUCCCUCCACCGAAACAACCUGCAUCACGAAAAUCCAUUUACUUCCAAAGCUAACAAGUUUGUCUCAAGGCUCAAACAACUCAGUGUUGGUAACAAGACUAUUUCUGAUUACCAGAGGAGAUCCCUCAUCAGCUCAGAAGUUUCCCUCGGUUUUCAAUUUGUCAGAUCCCGACUCAUGGAACCCAACAGCUGCUUUACCAACUAGAGAAGUGUUUGUUAAGAAUCUCAAAUCAAGCAAUGGAGUGAGUUUGAAUUCAAGUUUCAAUUCGAAUUCGAAUUCACCGUCAUCAUCUUCUCCACCUGGCGCAUGUUCUUCACCCUUAUUGAAUUCCAGUAGAAUGGGGAACCUAUCAUCCAAAUAUGCCAUUGGGAUUGUAAUACCUUUGGAAUCACCAGAAGAAGAUUUAAUGGAUAUUUUAAUUACUAAUUGGGAUGAAAUAUCUCAUUAUUUGAUAUUAUUACAGAAAGUUAUUGCAAAGAAAUUGAUAUCAUUAUUACGAAGUUCCUUAGAUACCACGACUUUUGGGUCCUCAUCCUUUAUCACGCAUACAAAACGUAUUCAAUUUCCAAACUGGAUCCUACAGCAUGAACCUGAUAUCCUUCAUCAAUAUUAUAAGCUAAUUAAGCUCAUAAGUUAUGAUACUAAUUUGCCGAGGUUGAUUAAUUCCAAUGCGUUGAUCAAAACUUCCAUGUCCAAAACCUCGUCAAAAUAUAAUUCUUUGCUUUUGAAUUGGGUUCUAGAAGUUCUCAACUGGUUGGAGUUCAAAGAUAACAAACAACUAGCAAAACCAUCGAUACAGACAACUACUGCAUCAAAGACGUCAACUAUUUCAUUAACUACAGUGUCAAAUAGCAUUACCUUCAACAAUAAUAAGGGUCCAACUCAAGCUUCCAAUGUCCCAUUUCUUUCUUCUAGUUCACUAAAACAAGGCAGCAUGAUGGAAUAUAGUAAUACUGCUCAAGCACAUAAUGGAAUCUCGGAAUCCUCCGGAUCUGGUCCUAAUUCAAACAAUAAUAACCCGGAUGUUUUCAAAACUUAUCAUACGUUCCUUGCAACGUUAUUUUCACUAGUUUUGCCCCUUCGCAAGAAGCUUACUCACAAGCCAAUAAGUGAUAAUGGUAAUGAAGAUGAAAUAAAAAGGAAACACAAGGACGUUACCCGGAUUGUUAUUAUGACUGGAAAUCCUGCUGUUGCAAAGAAGUUGAUUUUCAUACUUAAUGCUCUUGUUCCCGAUGACUCGUUGUAUGAUUCCUGUAAAUUGGAUUUUUCAAUUGUUGAUGAAGGAAAUGAAGUUCUUUCGGAAAAUGAACAAGAAGAAGAACAACAAGAAGAACAACAACAAGAAGAAGAAGAAAAACCUUUGAGCUAUGGAAGCAGAGGAGACCCCGCUUCUUUAUCAAAGAAUGGAAAGACUUCUGCAGAGAAUAUCAACCAUAAUAUGACGACUCUUCUCCCUACAACAUCUGCUGCAUCACAUACAAGUGCAGAAAAGGUGUCCAUGACGUCUCCACUGACCCAAAAAUCUGUUUACACAAGUUCUGAUGAUCUAUCUAGCUUUUUGGAAGCUUCUCCAAGUGUCGAGACUGUACGGGAUCCCACUGUUGAUUCGAAAUCCAAAAGCCCAACAGUUGAACCGAUUCCUAUUAGAUCUGGCAAAAGGGAUUCCAAUUCACCAAUAGGUACUCGUGCAAUUUCAGACCAAUCUUUCAAAAUUGGAUGGGAGCUCCCUUAUAAGUCGACACCACACAUUCUGACUUCAAAUAAGAAUAGUAGCAGUGCAGCGACGUCAAGCGUAGAAGCCUCUACUGCGACAGCUCAGGUAAUCCCUAUUAGCUAUAAUCCUCCUCAACUUCAACAACUGCUGAACAAUUAUCAUCGCAACAAUUCUAUGCUGAAAUCUUCUUCGUUUGUUUAUUUGUCAUCGAGUUUGAAUUCAUCUUUGAGCUCUCUGUCGUCCCAAUUCUCGUUGUCGAAACUUGGAGGUAGUUUCUUGGAGAAAUGGAAGUGGCCUUCAAGCUAUUCCAACCAAUCGCUGCAAAAUACCAGUGGCGGUAACUCUGUUGCCACGCCAAAUGCAGUUUACAACAAUAUGAAUUGUUAUUUUGGUCAGCAGACUCUGGGACAAAGCGUUAGCAACUCACAUAAGCUGAAUUUGAGUUCUCUUAUGAAUCAAGGAAGUACUAAUGGUAGCAGUACCUAUUAUAAUUCUUCGCUUGAUGCCAGUGAAUGUCUUCCACCAUCAACUAUUGGGAGUUUAACCAAAAGGUCAUCAGUGCAUUCUUUGCGGACUCCCUCACCUGCAAUUGUGGAUCAUUAUGAUGAUAUACAAUCAUUCCAACCAAUAUCGUCACACCACCAGCAACACCUGAUCCCUACUCCUAACAAGUUGUCAAGAACUCAAUCCAUGUAUGAAUUGUAUAAUAAGACAUCUACAAACAUGCCAGGGAUAUAUGAUAAUAGUACCGGUGUGCUUGCCAUCAAAGACAACUUAACUCUCAAAAGAAGCAAUAACAGUGCAUAUUUACCGUUGAUUGAUGAUUCUGCUGUUAAAAAUGUUGUUGCUCAUAAUAACAACUGUAUCAAACGCAAAUGCUCUGAAAUUAUGAAUAGCAAAAAAUUAGAAGUGACCAAAAAUGAAACCUUGAAUGCUUUAGAGAUUCCACUUUAUACCAACAAGGAACUUGAUGGAUCUUUGUUGAUUAAAAAGAAACCAUUGCUUCCUGUUGUUGCAUUUGCAGAUGAAUUCCGUCCUGAAUUUACAAUCCAAUCGUGUCCCAUGAGUCCUAAAUUGGAGAAUCAGAUUCUAAUUGCCAUGAAGAACGAUGUUCUAUUUUAUCAAACACAUUGUCAAUUUGAGUCAGUAACAUCACGUACAAUAUUUGUUAGUUUGAGGGCUCGUGAGUUGAAGGUUCUUGAAAUGACAGGCACUACAAUUAAUAACCCAACAUCUACAUCUGAUAGUGAAGGGUUCCACACUUCUUUAUCUAAUGAUGGAACACAAUCUCAGUAUACACAAUUGGGAGUUUCGCCUCAGAAACCUAGCACGUCGUUCAAACUGAAUCCUAGCAGGAAGAAGCAUUCAUCGUAUACUUCAAGCAAACCUUUAACUCAGAGUGAACGGAACCGUAUAAGUGCUAUUGAUUCCGUGUUUGAUGAAAUAGCUCAUUUGGUGAGUGCCAGUCAAGCAAAGCUAGCCCGGAGAACAGAAGCUUUUGCCGAGGAGGAAGAUGAUGAAGGGUUCACUCAACCUGAUGAUAAUAUUUGUUCACCUACCAUUGCUGGGUUCGAUCACCAGUUGUCGAAAUUAAUGACAAAGUUGUUUCAGUAG